AUGUUCGACCCGACAGGUCGCAUUCAGCAGCGUCCGCAGAGCCAGCCGGUUCCCGCGGAGCAGCUUCACCCGUCGCCCGUGAGCCUGGAUGAGCCGCUCAAGGUUGAGAAUCCCGUCACCGCGGCGAAUCCGCACCCGCCUUUCAUGUCGGAGCCGCCGAUGGAGCGCGACCGCGGGUCCUCGGUCGUCUCGUCGGAGCAGGAGGUUGACGGCCUGGGUCAGGUGAACGACCACACCGAAGGCGCAGAGUUCUACGGCCCGACGGGGACGUUCUACUUCCUGGCGCGUUUACGGUCCAGGGCGAACAACAGUGGUACUCAAAAGCAGCCGCAGCAGCCUGGUCAACCGGAUACCAAGACAUCACCCGGCGGCAAGACGCUCAACCAGACGUCAGUCGUCAACCUCCUCCACAGCUCGGACUACUCCACGUCGCCGGACAACCGCCACGGCCAGACGCCAGGGAAAGGCACGCCGUCCGCCAGCGCGGCGACGCGGCGCGACUCGGUGCAGUACGGGAAUGGGAAGAUGCUCACCCCGGCGGACGCGGUGUUCGCGACGGAAGUGGAGCGGGAAUGUGUGCGGCUGUACUUUCAGAACCUGCACAACAUCCACCCGAUCCUGGAGCAGACGGCGUUCGUGAAGCGGUGCGACGAGGAGGUGUGGCAGCGCAAGGCGGCGCUGGAGGAGCCGUCGCAGCAACGCCGCGGGGCGCGGUUCCUGUCGCUGUUCAACUCUGUGAUUGCGAUCGGGGCGAUUACGGCCGGGGAGACGUCGUUGCUGAUGGAGGAUCACACGCUGCAGUUCCUGGACAGGACCGAGCUGCCUGGGGAGAACGAGACGACGUAUCCGCCUAUCAGGCUUGCGAGGCGGUACUUUGAGCGGGCGAAGCUUUAUUUGGAGGACAUCUGCGAGUCGAGCUCGCUUGAGACGGCGCAGACUCUGUUCCUCAUGUCCGUUUUCUGUCAGAAUGCGCUCAAGCCGCACAGCUGUUACAUGUACAGCGGCAUGGCCAUCCGUACCGCGUCGGCCAUGGGUAUUCCUACCAACAUCCGAUCCGAGACUAGCCAGGAAAGUUUGCUCUGGUGGUCUCUGUACUCACAUGAGAUAACAGCAGGCUUCGUCAGCUCUUCCUCGUGCCUCAUCAACCCCAUGGUCGAUCUCGCCAAGAUCCUCAUGUGGAUGACGGACAACCUAAGCCUCCACAACAGCCACACAUCAUUACAGCGGCUGUCGCAAACGGCAUUGAAUCUGGACCGGGAGCUGGACGACUGGAAGUCUGGGCUCCCGCGAGAGCUCAGGUUCGACACUUCGUCGUUGGAAGACAGCGAGUUCGCCAUGAAACAAAAGACAGUUCUCAAGCUUCGCUUCCUGAAUGCUAGAAUCCUCCUCCACCGCCAGUUCCUGAUCCUCAAGACGCCAGAGUCGGACCGCAAAACGCUCUCCCGUCACGUCUCAUCCUGCGUGAAGGCUGCGACUGAGACGAUCCGAUUCAUGCACACAAGCUACCUGCACCGCCCAUACUUCAGAACAUGGUGGUACAACUGCAUGUACCUCCUCGACGCCUGCAUGGUCCUCCUCCACGUCCUCAUCUCCAACAUCUCCUCCCCCUUCUCCAACGAGGAAGUCAUCGAAAACCUCGAGAUGAGCAUCGAGAUCUUCAAGGCGAUGAAGAUGCUCGCCGUCGCGCGGCGGUGCGCCGAGAUCGUCACAGAGCUGCUCCACGUCGCCGCGGCGCCCAAGACGGCUGCGGAAGCGGGCGGAAGCGGUGGCGGCAACCCGCCAAACCAACGACAGGCCAACGAACACGUCGCGCUGCAGUCGGACCCGGCGACGGUGGCGAUGAAGAUACAGGAUGAGACGCAGCAGGCGAUGCAGCAGACGACCUCGCCGAUGUUCAUGACGGAGGGGCUUGAUAUACACCGAGGCGGAGACGAGCUCGGGGAUAAUCUGAUACCGGGCGAUUUCGACGCCAACUUGGUAGACCCGAAUGUCGUGUGGAACUUUUUGAACUUUGAGCAUUGGAACGCGUGGUCUGAUGCCGCCUUCCGCUGA